GGCCGCCCGGCAGUGCAGGCGUCCCCAGCGCCCGCGGCUAGCUAGCCACUGCCCCCGCCCCGCCGCUUUGCCAAAAGCUAGCGCUCGGGCCGCGCCGCGCGCAUGCACCAGUGCACCACCCCGGUUGCCCGCCAACCUCUUAAAGCGUCUCGGCACUUCGGCUCCGGCUCGGCCACUAGGAGAAGCCCAUCAAAUACUCGCGCCGCGCGCGCGCCCAUUAUUGCCAUCACGCGCCGCGCGCACGCACACACGCACACAGGGGAGCUGUGCUCAAGAGCUAGCGAGCUUAUCCAUCGCACCAUCAUGGCGAGAGCCUUCCGCGCGGCCUCCCCGCUGCCGCUCCCGAGCUCGAGGGGCGCCGCCGCCGCCGUGACGAGCGGCGGCGGGAGGGGGAACUUCCCGUGGCUGACCAAGAAGAGCUCGAGCAAUAAGCCGGCGCCGCAGCGCGGCGGCCCGAGCGACGGACAGGAGAGCAAGGGCGAGGAGCCCGCCGACGGGUCCUCCGCCGAGCAGUCGCCGUCGAGGAAGCGCGCGGACGCGCUGGCGCGGCUACGGGCGGCGUUCCUGGCGGCGAUCACGCACCGGCGCCGGCGCCGGCAGCUGGGCUCCUGCGUCACGGGCACCAUCUUCGGGCGGCGCCGCGGGCGCGUGCACGUGGCGCUGCAGACGGACCCGCGCUCCGCGCCCGUGCUGCUCGUCGAGAUGGCCGCCUACUCCACCGGCGCGCUCGUCAGGGAGAUGUCCUCCGGCCUCGUGCGCCUCGCGCUCGAGUGCGAGAAGACGCCGCUCGCCGCCGGGGAGAAGCGGCGGGGGUUGCUCGAGGAGCCGACGUGGCGCGCCUACUGCAACGGGCGCAAGUGCGGGUUCGCGGUGCGCCGGGAGUGCGGCGCGGACGAGUGGCGGGUGCUGGGCGCGGUGGAGCCCGUCUCCGUGGGCGCCGGCGUGCUCCCGGACGACGUCUCCGGCGCCGCCGCCGGCGCCGCUGAGGGCGACCUGAUGUACAUGCGCGCCAGGUUCGAGCGGGUGGUGGGUUCCAGGGACUCGGAGGCGUUCUACAUGAUGAACCCCGACGGCAGCGGCGGCCCCGAGCUCAGCAUCUACCUGCUACGGGUCUGAUCGCCGUCGACGUCCGGUCGCCGCCUGAGAAGACAACGCUUCAGCUUGCAUUUCCACUCUGUAUGUAAUCAUGCAUGCAUGCAUAAUCUGGUUGGGCUUUGUGUAGUUGUGUCCCAUGUAAUCUGGAGGUCUUGGAAAAUGGUGUAUGUACAAUGCUACAACUGAUCACUUACAUGGUUAAUUACUUUGAGUGAUUAGUUUUUGGUGUGAGGUGGUGUGGUUACUUCUAGAUAGCUAGGUUGGAGAUCAUUUUUCUCUUUGGUUAUUAUGUGAUCAAACGGCUUGGAAAACUUGGGAAUAAUUAAUAUCAGUGCCUCUGUUGCAUGAUAAGAUGCUA